AGCGUAGCGUAACCCAGUUCCUCCUCCUAAUCCUAACCACAACUUUCUAAGUGGGAGAAUGUGGGUCGACGUCGUUUAUUUAACACCAGUCGCAGAAGAAAGUAAUCGAAGAAAAUGAAUGCAAACAGGUGACAAUCAAUACAAAAGUGUAACAAUUUUGCUAAAAUUCCAGAAAUUAAAAAGCAUGUUCGCGAGGGUCACAUUUUACCCUACCCUGUUCUAUAAUGUGAUUAUGGAAAAAAUUUCAUCGCGAAGAUGGUUUGACAGGAUCGACGACAAUGUAAUUUUGGGAGCUCUACCUUUUCCAAGUAUCACAGAACAGCUUUUAAACGAGGAAAAUGUCAAAGGAGUCGUUUCAAUGAAUGAAUGCUAUGAAUUAUGUUUGGCAGUCAAGGCAAAGAAGUGGAAAGCGUAUGGCGUUGAUUUUUUACAACUGGCCACCACAGACAUAUUUGUUACUCCAUCUCAGCAGAAACUAAGAGAGGGAGUAGACUUUAUUUUUAAAACUAUUAAUAAGGAAGUAGAUUCCAGUGAGCUGCAAAAACUAGGGUUGCAAAAACCAGAGCUGAAAAAAGCAGAGCUGGAAAAACCAGAGCUGGAAAAAUCAGAGCUGGAAAAACCAGAGCCGAAAAAACCAACAGUUUAUGUACACUGUAAAGCUGGUAGAACCCGAAGCGCCACGUUAGUUGGAUGUUAUUUGAUACAGAGAUAUAGUUGGACACCUGAACAAGCAUUGAUCCACAUGCAGAUUAAGAGACCACAUAUCUUACUACAUACCAGGCAAUUAGAAGCUUUAAAAAUAUUUUAUGAACAAAACAUUCCCAAACUUUAAGACAAUAAUUAUAGUUAAUUUAUUGACAAUACUGUUAUGUCAAAGUGUUUUCAUAAAUAAUUUUUAAAUUUAUUGUAACAUGGUUUAUGAAAAUUUCAUGAAAUAGAGAAGUAAAGUGUU